AUGCAAGAUAUCAGACUUUACAUUGGGGCCGCGACCACCUUCACGACGUGGGGGAUCCUGCCGCUCGUCAACAGCACCAGCAUCGAGAUCGUUACCGCCAUGGAGGCGGAGCUGCCGGACGGAAGCGGGGGUCGAAUGGUAGCGUGGCGGUCCGACGACGGUGCCGACGGCGUCCUCCACCGCGCCGAGCACCCGACCAUCCUCGCGGACCUGGGGGACGGGACGACAAUGUCCAUCUCCUACGAGCCGUACUACGCCGGCCUGGCUACUGGGGCCAUCGCCGCGCUCAAGCCGAUGCUGCAGAGGCUGUUUGAGCAGCAGAACCUGGAUCUGAAAGCGUAUGUGGAGGGGUUGCACUGA